AUGGCUAAGGAGAAAAGAACAAAGCCAUGUUCAAACUGUAAGAAAUCUAAAGUGAAAUGUAUAUAUUCCAAAACAUUACCUUGUGAACGAUGUGUAAAAAGUGGGCAAGCCGCUAAUUGUCAAUUUGUUCCCAAGCUUCCAUCAUUAAAACUACCACAAAUUACUCCGCUGAACAAUACUGUCCGUGGAAAGAAUGACAGUGAAAUAACGUUACCACCCUUGAAUCCGAUAGCGAAUGUACAAACGAAUCAAGUCAAUAGAAUGCAAACGUAUAUGGUUCAUUCAGUACCGCAACAAGGUGUGCCAGUAGUACCGGGUCCUACAGGCGGUGUGGCGCCACUAGAUAACGAAUCACAAUGGAAACAACUGAUAGAAAAUAGAAUUAGUGUUUUUGAUAAUAAGUUGAAUGAUCUAGUGGAUAUUUUGAAGACAAACCAGAAAGUUCUUCUCGAACAACAGAUGGCAUAUCAGAAACAAAUACCUCACCAGCAAACCCCACCCCAACAGAGUGCUUUACAGAAUGGUGAGUACAACUAUAAUUCAUUACCUGCAUCUAUGUCUAAUUCUCCUAGGAAUUCCCAUAAAACAAUAGACGAACCUUUGCAUUACAAUAACUAUCGAGAUUAUCGAGGAGACGAUGAGCAUGAUAGGAGAAGGCGAUAUAUUGGUGAUGAACCUAGUAAGCUUGACUCUCGUAAAAGGCAUAAGGGGAAUGAAAGGAUUGGUAAAGAAAAUCAAAGUAGACCAGAAGAUUUCCGGGACGGAUUCUUGAAUAUUCACCAAGCAAGAGAACUUUUCAGCUUUUUUGAUACCCAUAUAUCGCCUCAGUUGUUUGGGUUUGAAAUUUCUAAGUUUGCAGUUGAUGCUAUUUGGGAAUCAUCGCCUAUAUUGAUAUGUGCGAUUUGUACGAUCGCCUCUAUGCAUCAUCCAAACGAGGAAUUAUCUGGUAAGCUGAAAGAAUUACAUGGGUACUUGCACGUAUUGUGUGGGAAAUUAUUAUACCAAGGAAAACCCAAGAAUGAAGUUGAUGGCUUUAACACUAUAGUAGCAUUAAUACUCUGCAGCUUCUGGCUCUCUGAUUCUCAAAUGUUUACAGGAUUGGCAUUACAAUUAGCUAAAGAAAUUGGGUUAGAUUCCCCUGUACCCAACCAUGAAUUGAAAGGUUCACUCAAUGAAAAAGAUAGAAUUAAAUUAUGGUAUUUGUUAUAUGUCUUGGAUGGACAACAAAGCUUGACAUUUAAUAGACAGCCAUUAGUUAAUUCUCAAGAGUAUUCACUCAAACAUAGUAGAUCUAUAUUAUUACAAGAGAGAAACUUAGCCUUACUGUCAUCAGUAUCUCAAAUUGAAGAUAAAAAUGAGAGCUCGGUAGUUCAAAAGCAAAAAGAAACAAAGAUGAUCCCAGAUGAUGCCUAUAUUCAAGAAGCAGCGCAUAGGCAAAGAUUUACUGAUAUGCGUUUAGUCUCUCAAGUCGAAUAUAACCAAGCUUUAAACGAAGCUUUUCAAGGUAAUGCAUGGGAAUUAUUGGCACCUUCGGCCUUAGGUAUUCCCUCUAAAUCAAAUUUAGAGUUAGACAAAUGGAUGGUUUCUUGGACGGUUUUGCUAUCACCUGUUAGUAAUGGUUCUGUUUGGUCAUCUAAAUCAACUUUGAUUUACUAUAACUUUGCAAAGAUGUACAUAAAUUCUUCCGCAGUUAGGCAACUUCAAGUGGAUACAGCAGAUGAAAGAAGCAUGUUCCCUAAAUGGAACCUGUCAAUAAAACCCCAAGCUCCAAAACAAAAAAGGAUCGUUAGUAAUGAUGUAGAUUCAGAAGAUGAUUCCGAUGAUGAGGAGUUUAUCUCAAACAGAGAUCACAUAUCUGAUGAUGAGACAAUCGUGAGUGCUAGCAUUGCCAUCAAUGCUGCCCAAACAGUCUUGAAUUUAGUUCUCAACGACAAUGAUAUUCUAAAUAACUUGAAGUAUGUUCCUGUCCAUAUUCACAUUAUGUUGUACUACGCCGCAUUGUUAUUAGUUAAUCCUCCACUAGAAGCUGACCGUGAUACCGUCGAUUCUAAACUGGAAGAUUAUUUUAAUAAAGUAAUAUCCAACUUGGGUGUCGUUAAAAAUUUACAUAAAAAGAUCUACACCAACUUGCCUACAGACAAAAUAUUUGGAAAUAGGUUGAUGAGAAGUUUAAGUGAGAUUGUUGAAGAAAAUGCCUCCAAAAUUAGAAAUGAGCUUAAUACUACUAAUGAUAUUAGUGAAAAUAUUAAGGAUGUAUUCAGAAAAAAAUUGAGAGCUAUUGAAGAUCUGGAAAUUUCCAGUAGCAUUGUUGAAUUAAUAGAGAGUGAAUAUGGUUCAAAUAGUAGUGGAAGUGCAACACCAGGUCCUGAAAGGAUCUUUGCGUGGCCUGGUUCAAAUCAUGGUCAUCCUUAA